AUGUCUGUUGAAUCAAAGCUUUCUCGAUUGUCAUUGGACCUUAAGACGACAUCGACCCCAAAGGGUUCGACCACUUCGCUGAGCACUUUGCCACAAGAAGCACCAGAAUCGUGGGAGGACGAGGUUACAGACGACACACCUGUUGAAGCACCUGGACCAUCCUUGAAACCCAUGACUUCUAAUGACAAUCCGGGGCCGCCUCCGCCUACACCAAUUUCACCUCAAGACGCAGACCCGAUGUCACGGAAGUGGGAAAGUAGUCUCAAUGACAGUGGAAGGCCUACACCACGAUCUGCUGCCGCGAACCAGCAUUCGACAGACAGACGACCUGAGAAGACCACGUCUACUGCCAACCGAAUGAUAUCUGGAGCGUUAGGUAUCAAGGCGCCAAAGAAGACUGAAGAACAAAGACAAUAUGAGAAGGCUACCAAGGAGGCUGAAAUCAAGCGCAAGAAUCGUGAGAAGGAACAACGUGAGAAGGAGAACAUCAACGACGAAAAGGCUCAGGCUGCGAUCUGGGACAAUUAG